UAGACAAAUAAAUUAUUGCAAUUAGAAUUAUUAUAUAAACCAGUUUUACAUUCAGCAAAUCCAUAAUGGUGAAAAUCACAUAAUGUAGCUUCAUUUUUAGGAUCACAAUAUUCUCUUAAUUUAAUAUCACAUUUACCCAUGACUUAUUCACACCCUUUUCCUUUUCCAUAAAACAUUUAUUCUUCCAUAGAGUCAUUUAUUUUUGCAUAGUAGCCUGUAUCUCUUAGAAGAUUGGUUGUAAAACCACUAAAAUAGGCUUAAGUAGAUAUUACAGAUGCAUUCAUAUAUUCGUUUUGGAGGAUUGAGUUUGGUCAAUGAGAUUUUUCAGUAUCUUUGCCUCCUAUAUUUUAAAGAGGCAUACCAAAUAAUGUAGGACAUCCGAAAUAUUCUCGAGCAAAUUUCAAAACGUUAGGAGUUUAUAAGAAUAAAGUAUCAAUUCCGUUUAUUUUUUAUGUAAUAGUAGGCUUAGUAUGAGCUUUUCCCUUAGAAUUUACCCAAUUAGGUAUAUCAAGAUCACUAAAACCUAAUAUAUGAGUCAUUUCAUGGAUAACUAUUUCAACUAAAUCUUCAAAUUAAAUAUCAUAAUCUUUAUCGAAAUUUAUUAAUAUUUAAUUUAUAUUGAAAUUAAUUAAACCAUGAGUAGGCCCAAUACCUUACAAAAAUUAGCACGAGUAUGCAAAAGCUUAAUAUUCUGAAUCUUUAUCAUUUUUAUAUGAUAUAUAUAAAUGUAAAUCAGAAUCUUUUGCAUUAGUUUAAUCAAUUUUAGGCACAUCAACAAAUAAACAUUUAGAACCUUUAUAUUUCAUAUAUUAUUCAGAUUUCGGGACUAUUUUUAUUAAACGAGAAAAAUAUUCAAUUGCCAAUUAUAAGGCUUUCUCACAGAUAUCAACAAAUUUUUUAUAAGAUUAAGGUAAUUUUUUGAAAUAAGACAUGUCAUAUGUUAUUAACAUAUCACGGGCUUUUUUUAAAAGUAAAUUUCGGGCAUUUAAAGAUUCGAUAUCAGGCUUGAUUGAUUCUUAUUUGUAUAAUUUUUUAAUUUUAUCGUGGACACAUUAGUGUUUUAGG